AUGGCAUCAGCUUAUGCGGCCUCUGCGGAGGACGUAGUGCGAAGAUUGCGUCCAUUUGGCAUGUUUUUUGAGACAUCGCUAAAGGACUUGAUCAAGAGCAUUCGUGGGGCAAGUGAGGACCCUGAACAGCUGCAACAGGUCCUGGGACAAGCGUUGGCAGAUUGCAGGGAAGAAGUACGGUCGCCAGAUGUCGAAUUGAAGGCCAAUGCCGUGGUUAAACUCACGUAUUUGGAAAUGUACGGUUUCGACAUGGCUUGGGCCAAUUUCCAUAUCCUGGAAGUCAUGAGCAGUAGUAAGCUCCAGCAUAAGCGCAUAGGGUAUCUGGCAGCCUCGCAAACGUUCUACAAAGACGCAGACGUUUUGAUGUUGGCAACGAAUCUGCUGAAAAAGGAUCUGCGGUAUGAAGGUCGACGCGAUGGUCGUAACGAUGUGCUGACUAUGGGCGUGACUUUGAGCGGGCUGUCGACUAUGGUAACCGCGCCGCUGGCACGGGACAUUUGCGACGACCUGUUUGGGAUGUUGAGCAGUUCAAGACCUUACAUUCGCAAAAAAGCCAUUGCAGCUCUUUUUAAAGUGUUUUUGCAGUUUCCAGAGGCACUUCGAGACCAUUUUGACCGGUUUGCUGCCAGAUUACGUGACGAAGACCAAUCGGUCGUCUCAGCCACUGUAAGCGUUGUCUGUGAGCUAUCCAAAAAAAACCCACGUCCAUUUGUUGUGUUAUCACCACUGCUUUACGAAAUGCUCUUGACUAUCGACAACAAUUGGAUCAUAAUUCGGCUGCUGAAGCUGUUUACAAACUUGGCUCAGGUAGAACCGAAACUAAGAGCCAAGAUUCUCCCCAAAGUCCUGGAUCUUAUGGAAAUGACUUCGGCAACAUCAGUGAUUUACGAAUCGAUCAAUUGUAUCGUGCGGGGCCACAUGCUGGAGGAAGAUGACUACGAUGCGGCAGCAACAUGCCUACAAGAGCUUAUUAAGUUCUGCAACUCGAAUGAUCCAAAUUUGCGUUACAUUAGCGUAAUUCUAUUCUACAAGAUCGGAAAAAUCAAUCCUGAGUUCAUCGCCAAGUUCGACACGCUAGUAAUUCGGCUGCUCAAAGACGUGGAUGUUUCGAUUCGAAGCCGCGCUUUAGAGCUCUUGGAAGGUGCUACAGACGAAGACAAUCUCGCUUCCGUCGUGCAAACUUUAAUACAACAGUUUACGGACAAAGAUAUGGUUUCCACAAGCAAUCUUUUCCAACAGGCUUCAAAGACCUGUAUAGAGAUUGAGAUCCCCGUUUCCUACAAGAUAAAGAUGGUCAGCGUGAUUUUGAAAAUCUGUUCCUUCGACAAUUACGCAAAGAUCCCUGACUUCGAUUGGUAUAUAGCUGUCCUGUCAGAUCUGUGCGUAGUUUCACAGGAUUUGAACAACAGCACUAUCGGAAACCAGCUAGCGGAUGAAAUACGAAACGUAAUGGUCAAGGUGCCUGAUUUGCGGCCUAAAUUCAUCGAAACGAUAGUGAAUUUGGUGCUAAAUCCAGAUAUAACGCAGCAAAUGCCAAUGAUUUUGCGAGAAGGGUAUUGGUGUAUUGGCGAAUACUCGAGCAUUUUGAGAAAUGGUGACGAAUUCAUCAAGAAAUCUGUGAAGCAGCAACGGGUUCAACCGCAAGUUCUACAAAUAAUGUCACAGGCUUUAAUCAAAGUCUUCAGCAAUUGGUGUAAUAAUGACGCCGAAAGUAAAUCCGUUCCGCGCGUCAAAGAAGUUCUUGGAGAGCUGGUAGGAUUCUAUGAGUGUCUCAGUACCUCCCAAUGGUUUGAGGUGCAAGAACGUGCUGUGGAAUUUCUUGAAUUCUGCAGACUUUGUGACGAAUCCCUCAAAAGCGACGAGGAAGAGCUGCCUCUCCUGAUAACCGAGAUUCUGCCUGGGUUUUUCAACGCCUACGAUCUAAAGCCUAUCAUGCACGGUACUCAACUUAAGAUUCAGGAGAAUUUGGCGUUGGAUUUGGAGACGCCCUUUCUCAGCAACGAAGAAUUGGAAAAUCUUUUGCUUCAAGACUCGAAUAGAACUGACGAAGGAGACUCUGUACUAGAAUCGGAUUUAGAACUGGAUUCUGAAUCCGAUGACGACGGCGAUAUAAUUCAACCGUCAGAACAGUCAAGGACGGUCCCGCUUCAGGGGAUCAAGAAGAGCGACAUGACUGCAGAGGAGCGUCAUUCUUUAGAGGAGAAGCGCAGACAAGAUCGCAUGGACAAUCCUUUCUAUUUGGAUGCUGGCGAUGAAUUACCAGAGACCAAGGACAGCAAGCUAAUCGACUUUGAUGGUGAAGAAACGCGCACAGAGCCCAAGAGCGUAGGCACACUUGAUCUAUCCAUCAUUUCUAGUGGCUCAAGGUCCAAGAAUAAGAGCAAGGGGAAGAAGAAGGCGCAGGUACUGGUCGAAGAAGGCCUUCCGGAUUUGCUACCAGACACACAAUACAAUCGCGGCAGCCUCGAUAAGGUUCUCAGUAGUUCUUCGAGUGUCAAUUCUAGUGCAAUCAAUCUCAAGACGCAAUCGAAACUUGAAAAUUUUGAUUUCAGCUCGCCUCACAUAUCUCCUGGCGUAACACCAUUUGGCGAGAACGACGAUUCUGCUGACAUCGAAAAAUUAAGAGCUAAAUUCGCUUCACCAUCUUUUGGCAAUAGCCAAAAUCCAGACGACGAAGAGGUUAUCGUUGUCAAGAAGAAAUCAAAAUCGAAAUCCAAGUCAAAAUCCAAGGCUUCCAAGUCUAAAUCGAAAUCCAAAUCCAAAAAGUCCGAAAAAAACUCUGGAGAAAUCCCAGAUUCCACAGAACCAAUGCCAUAA